UGCAUAUGUGCGACGUUCAUGUUAAGGCUUUUCCAAAGGUGAACACUUGGGCCGUUUGCGUUGCCUUUUCCAGUGGGAUAUCCCAGAUGCUACCCCAUUUUGAAGUAAUUAACGAAAAAGUAUCGGUUCGCUUCAUCUUUCAAGUGAUCCGCGGUAUUCACUGUGUUGUGCGCACAGACAUUAACGCAUGCGUACAGACAGGGGAACAAACUAUGGCAAAGCUGAAAGGCAUCUAUAACUUGUUUCCUAGGGGCGCGUCCUGCGCAACGUCUUCCUACCUCACUGUAAAUUAUUGGUGCUUCCAUGGCAAAAAAAUGGUUGUCAAAAUAAGGUUUAAUGAACAAUCAUGCGUCUCCGGGCUGGAUGUCAUUUCUAGGGUGUAGGGUACUUGAGUUUACAGUAAAUUACAAGAGUGGACACUUGGGUGGAAAAUGGCUUCCGUGAAAUUCAGUCCAGAAUCCAAGGAGGUUAAUGGCCCUGAAAUGGAGGUGAACAGAGAGGCGUCUGUGAAUAUUGACGAUGGGAAAGAGGACAGCACUGACCCAGACACCGUGUACCAUCAAAUCCGAAAGAAAAUUGCCCCAUUCGUCAUGUCGUUUGGGUUCCGGAUAUUUGGCGUGGUGCUUAUUUUCGUGGACAUCGCCCUGGUGAUCGCCGACCUGUCCCUCCCGGCUCGGAGCCGGCAGGUGGGGGACGCGCUGGAAGGGGUGUCUCUCGCCAUUUCCUUCAUCUUCCUGCUGGACGUCCUGCUCAGGGUCUACGUGGAAGGGUUCAAAGUGUACUUCAGUUCCAGGCUGAACAUCGUGGACGCCUGCAUCGUGGUCGUCACACUCAUCGUCACAAUGUUCUACACUUUCUCAGAGCUGUCUGGCGCUAGUCUUAUUCCCAGGGUGGUGUCUUUCCUGAGAGCUCUGAGACUCAUCAUCCUGGUGCGGAUCGUCAGGCUGGCCCCGCAGCAGAAAGAGCUGGAGAAGGCCACCAGGAGGAUGGUAUCAGAAAACAAAAGACGCUACCAAAAAGAUGGCUUUGAUCUGGACUUAACUUACGUCACAGAUCGCAUCAUUGCCAUGUCAUUUCCAUCGUCAGGGAAACAAUCAUUCUACAGGAAUCCCAUUAAAGAGGUGGCAAGGUUUCUGGACACUAAACACGAAGAUCAUUACAAAGUGUAUAACCUCUGCAGUGAGAAAGGCUACGAUCCCUUGUUUUUCCACUACAGAGUGGAGCGAGUCUUCAUUGAUGACCACAAUGUGCCUUCUCUGGAAGACAUGCUGAAGUACACGGCCAGUGUGAGAGAGUGGAUGUCGGCUGAUCCUAAGAACAUCAUCGCCAUCCACUGCAAAGGAGGAAAGGGCCGCACAGGAACCAUGGUGUGUACCUGGCUGAUCGACAGUAACCAGUUUGAAAGUGCACAGGAAAGCUUGGACUACUUUGGGGAAAGACGGACAGAUAACAGCUCAAGCUCAAAAUUCCAGGGAGUCGAGACGCCCUCACAGAGCAGGUAUGUGGGAUAUUAUGAAAUUAUGAAGAACACCUAUGACAGACAGCUCCCUCCAGAGAAGAGCCUGCGAAUACGAAGCGUCCAGAUCCACUCCAUCAGGGGUGUGGGAAAGGGGGAUGGCACAGACCUGUCGCUUAAGAUCAUAGUGAGAAAGGAGACAGUCUUUCAGUGUGUGUGCGCCACACAGGAGAACUGCACAAUUUUUCCAGAUGCGGUCGAUAACGCCGUGGUCAUCGGUUUUCAGGAGGGCCCGGUCGUCAGCGGAGAUGUCAAGGUCAUGUUUGAUUCCAGCGCUGGUCUUCCGAAGGGAUAUGAAAACUGCCCGUUCUAUUUCUGGUUCAACACCUCAUUUGUGGAAAAUAACAGACUGCACCUGCCCAGAGAUCAGUUGGACAAUCCGCACAAACCCAAAACCUGGCACAUCUACAAGGAGGAUUUUGGCCUGACUCUGUCCUUCACUGAGGUGUAAUUCCAUUAAACUCCACUGGGGACACUGAGCACCGCUGUGCAAAGGUUUGAAGGCCUUGAGCAUCUCAAAUCAUUGAUGUUUUAGAAUCGGUGACCUACACAGGUUUGUUUCCUAUGACAACAGAUUGACCUGUCAAACACUGUUUUGUAAAGAUUGGAUAGUUGAAGUGCUCAAGGUAAAUGUUGCAUUACUGUU